GAUGGGCAUCCUGGGACAAACCUCCUGGAGAGGUGCUCAGGGCUACCAAACCCCACGGUGCAUUGAGCUGGCAAAGCCCCUGGACAUGCGGGAUGUCCCGUCCCCUCCUCUGCAGCCCCACCAGCUACAACUGCAAAGGUCCCAUUACUGCAGGUUAAGUUUUGCUGCUAUCUUGGCCUGCCAGGGAUUAUAUCAGGAAAACCAUGCUCUCCCCUUUACUUCUUGUAAGAAGGGAUACAGAGUAAUUGGUGUGACUGGCACUAAAGCUGUGGCGGCAGAGCAUGUCAUUGAUCAGAAGGUGAUAGUGGCAGCUGGAAGUGACCCCAAAUAUGAGCUGGCUCUGAGGAGCAGCACGAGCCACGGUGCAAACCACAGCCAGAGCAGAGAGGAGGUAAAGAUGCUCACAAGCUGCAGAGCAGUUGGCACGGCCGUCGCGGCCAUGGGUGGGGACAUCUUCAGAGGCAGCUCUGCAAAGCUGGCGUGGGAGGGCAGGAUUGUGAGGAUGGAUUUUGCUGGAGGAAAAAUCCCCUCAAUUCCCAGUAAUCCGCUGCUUCGAAAGAACGCAUCUGCCAUGGGAGCAUACUGAGUUUGUACCAGGAUAUUGCCAGGAGGGAAAUGGCCAUCCCUUGGAGCACUCUUCAAACUAGAAGAGGUAAAUGGAGCCUUCAGCCACGAAGUCACAGGAAAGGUCAUCAUCUCCAUGAAGUAA